AUGUGGGUACUUCCACUAUUCCUUUUUGUGGGUCUGGCAGUUGCCGCUGAUUGGAAGGUGGUCAAUGUGGAUAGAACUAUUGACAUCUCCUCACAGAUUGUCAAAGUCUCAUCGCAGCUGACGCUUUCAAACACUGGGUCUACGGAGGCCAACACUGUUGAAAUACUGGUCCCCAAAGAGGAAAGCGAUCAUCUGGCUUACAUCGCUGCUCAAGAGGGUACUAAUAAGGGUAAACUGAAAGUGUCGAAACUGGCUGCAGAGAAGGAGGGUUUUAAGGUUUACAAGGUCGAACUUCUGAACCGUAUUGCAAAAGGCGCUGAGGUUAAGUUGAAGGUUGAGCAGCGAUUCACCGAAAUUCUUUCACCUUUACCAGAGAAGAUCACUCAAAAGGAAAAUCAGUUUGUCGUGUACAACGGCAAUGCUCAUUAUGCAGCUGCCUAUCCCGUUGCUCAGGAGAAAACAACUGUGAAGAUUGGCAACGGAAAAACUCUGUCAGCUACGCAAGUUUCGCCGACCAAUCAAGAAAAUGAGAAAAUUACCUACGGACCGUACAAGGAUCAGCCUGCGUUCAAUAGCAAACCCAUCAAAAUCCACUACGAAAAC